AUGGCAGACACCGUGCAAAAGCUUCAGGAAAUGAAGUUACUGAUAGUAGGCUCUGGAGGUGUUGGAAAGUCAGCCUUGACUGUGCAGUUCACUCAGAGUACCUUUGUAGAGGAAUACGAUCCCACUAUUGAGGACACGUACAGGAAGCAGUUCGUGGUUGACGAUCUACCAGUUGCUGUCAAUAUCCUUGAUACAGCUGGCCAGGAAGAAUACGCUCUAGUAAGGGAGCACUUUAUUGGCACAG